AUGUCUGACACUAUGGCUCGAACCUCCCAGGAACCCGCGAAGACCAAAGGAAAAUCUCGCAAGACGGAUCCCGGUGCAGCGCCGAUCCGAAAACGCCGCAAGAGGACGGUCGUCAGCGGUGCCCCCGAUGACUGUUUCGCCUGCGCCAAACGAGGGGCCCGGUGCGACCGGCGCCGCCCCUACUGCUCGCAGUGCCUCGAGAUGGGCCGGGAGUGUUCCGGAUACAAGACCACCUUGACAUGGGGAGUGGGCGUGGCCAGCCGGGGCAAGCUGCGUGGUCAGAAGCUGCCGGUCAUGGAGACGGAAUCCGAACCGUCUACAACGGCGGCCUCGGGGGGAGCACCGCGACGACCGGCUUCAAGCAGUCAGAGCCCUCCUACCACGCAAAUACCUCCGAGUUCACGUCCAACACCGGUCGCAGCACCUCCGAUGGGGAUGACGAUGGCCAACACGAUGCUCGACCCCGGGUUAAUGGGUGGCAUCGAUUCGGACCCUCGAUAUGGCUAUCCGGCGUCGACGCACCCAGAACUGUCGGCAAGCAUGGCUUGGGCGUUGGACAUGCCGGAUCCGCACACGUGGACCAACGUGCCCGCCGCGCCUCCGCAAAUAUCAGGACUCCCCAUCCCCAAUCGUCCGAUGGUCGUGAAUCGAUCCAGCCCCAGUCUCGCCUCGGAAGCCUCGAUGCAAUAUGCGCCCACGUUGAGUCCGGAAGCGAGUUUCAGUGCACCUGUCUGGCCCGUCACUCAGAGCUGGCCGGCUACCCAGCCAAAUUUCUCGGCAGAGGAGGUGGACGAAGAAUUUGAGCGAGACGACUCGCAUCAAUCGAUAUUGUGGGACUCUGGGCACAGUCCGUCCUAUUCACAGAUGCUGCUGGCACGAUCGGUCGGGCGCACCCCGCGUCUGCGGUACUUGAUCAGCUACUUUGCCGAGGUGAUCGCCCCGAUGAUUGUUGCCUUUGACACGCCCACCAAUCCUUUCCGGAUCCAGAUCCUUCGCCUGGCCCAGGAUAGCCCGGCGCUUCAAGAAGCGAUCGCAACGCUGGCAACCAGCAAUCUGCGUCAGCGACGGGAACGAAACCACACGUCCACGGGGAGAACCUUGCCUGCACGUAUGUCCUCGAUGGCUCAUCGAGCCUUGACCGAGGAGGCUUUUCAAGAUCGAUACGGCAUCUCUGUCCCAGAGGGAUACGCUCGGGAAGAGAACCACCAUCGCGGCAUGGCCGUGAAGGCCCUGAAUGCCGACCUUGCCGACCCCCGUCGCCGCUUGUCGGACUCGGUGUUGGCGACGCUGCUGAUCCUCUCACUUUUCCAUGGCUGCGACACGGGUGUUGCUGAGUUCCGAACCCAGUUCGAAGGGGUCACGAGACUGUUGGCCAUCCGCAUGCGCCAUUCGCCCGUCAUUUCGGACGAUCUGAAAUGGUUCAUCCGCAUGUUCUCCUGGUUUGACACCUUGACUGCAACGACCAAUGAUCGUGACGUGCAGCUUCGCGGGAAAUGUUUGGAGAUCAGCUCCAUCACCGAUGGCGAAUGGGGGCUUGAAAAUCUGGCCGGCUGCGACGGCCGUCUGUUCAAGUUGAUCUCUCAACUCGGUCGUCUGAACCUGUUGAGCCAAGACAAACAACCGACCGAGUCUCGUCCGGCCGAUGUGUCUGUUCCCACUGCGUCACUGCCCCCCAAUAUGGUGUUCCCUGGCUGGAAUACCGUCACCCCGGGUGUGGCACCUGACUCCCACUAUGGCCAAGGGUAUUCGUCCGCCGCAAGCAACAUGCCGCCGAACAAUGAUCAGACCAGGAGGCCAUCGUCGCCCGCAUUUUGGACCGAGUGGUACUCGCUUCGACAGCGUCUCGAAUCCUGGAGAUUCGACCCACCAUCCCCGCUCCACGCCUCAUUCCCUUCACCUCCGCUGUCCAAUUCCGAAGCGUCCUCCUGGACAACAUCCGCAUCUUCUUUCCCGUCGAGUGCCGCGGCCACCGCCUCCGCCCCCGCCCCCUCGACGACAUAUCAAGUGGCGGCCGAGAAUCUCCAUGACGUCUACCAGAUUUCAGAGUGCUUCCGGCACGCCGCCCUGCUCUAUUGCGAGCGACUUGCCGAGCCCAGCCUGCCGUCCAGCCAUGCCCGUAUCCAGCAUCUUGUGCGUCUUGCCAUGCAUUGUCUCUGUACCGUGCAGUCGGAUGUCUACCUUCUCUGGCCCCUAUUCAUUGUGGGCUCGGAGUGCGUGCAAGAAGAUCAUCGAGCCGCCAUCCGGGCCCGAUGUAAGGAUAUCUCGAAAGAUUCCGGCUUUGUCAAUAAUCUUUCGUGCCUCGAACUGCUUGAGAAAAUCUGGGCCGAUCAUUCGGAAGAGACUCCAUACCCUGUAUAUCCGUCUGAUAUGGGCACUCCACCACUACAGAAUGGUAACGGACGGGCCCCGUCGUCUCAGGCCUUCCGCUGGUCCCGCGCCAUGCAGGCUAAACGAGGGGAUGGAGAAUACAUGGUGGUGUAG